AUGGACAGAGGCGUUGCCUUGGCUAUACCCGCCAUUUUCAGUUAUUCUAUGGCUGCAUCACUUACAGUCGAGGAGCUGAACGACAAGACCCUCCACAUCUCUCGGAUCGUUUCUGUUCUGCUAGUAAUAGCCUACUGCGUUUUCGUGUGGUACCAGACCCGCACGCAUCACGGCAUUUACGACGCUAUCUUUGAGCACGACGAGCAGCGCGAGCACAAUAAGCAUAAGGAUGUGAACAAGCCUAGACUGACUCUAACUGAGUGCAUUAUUGCCCUUAUUAUCUCCAUUAUGCUUGUAACAUUUAUGGCAAUCUACCUCGUCGAGCAAAUCCAUCCUAUCGUUAUGAGGCACGGCAUUUCAGAUCAUUUCAUGGGCCUCAUCCUCGUGCCUCUUGUCGAGAAGGCUGCUGAACACUUGACAGCAGUUGAUGAGGCGUGGGGCAACCAGAUGAACUUCGCCCUCUCUCAUGUCUUAGGCGCCACGCUGCAGACGGCUCUGCUCAACGGCCCGCUUGUCUUUAUAGUCGCUUGGGGCUUUGAGAAGUCUAUGGACAUCGUCUUUGAGGUUUUCGAUGUUUGUAUGCUCAUUCUUGCAAUCAUGACUGUAGGAAACUUCCUGCGCGACCAGAAGAGCAACUACCUCGAGGGCUUUCUCUGCGUUAUUGUCUACCUCGCUAUAGGAGUGGCAGCCUUCUACUACCCUAACUCGGAAGGCGAAGACGAACACUAA